AUGUAUAAGCGCGGUUUCUUCGGCACGAGUGGUCAGGUAAACGAGCCGGGGCCUAGUCUUUGUGACACAAUAGCACCUGGCCGGACGCUUGAAGCUGCAAGGGAGGAGGAGGAUGGCGAGAAUGGAGGAGGAGACGAGACGCGGCCAGGCGGAGGGAUGGCCGGUGGCAGACUUGUAGGGUAUUUGGUUUGGAAGCUGAAGAAGGUAGAAGAAUGGAAAGAAAGGAAGAAUAGGAGAAUAGGACGAGGAAGAAACGAGGAAGAAACGAGAAAGAGUGGAACGGCACGCGGGCAGCUAAUGGGGAAAGGAAACGGUAACUGGAAUUAA